UACCUACCUAACCUGUGAACGCUAAAUACUGAAGGGACCCCUCUCUGCUGAAGUCCGAACCUGUUUGGGACCGAGCGCGAAAAGCUCUAAACGGCGCAUGGAAAAUUAUUUAUUGUUUAACCGUCGAACGGAACGGAACGGAACGGAACGCCGAAAAAGAGCGUCGGAAAAAUUGACUGUCGUGUCGCGUCGAUUGCCAAGUGUGAAAAUUGUGUCUUGCUCAUGCGAUAAGAAAUGCAAAAAUGAAAGUGAAACUAUUGCCUUUCCCGGGGGUAGAAUGUGCGAAACAAUGACACCAAGUGAACCGAUCGCCCGUUACGAAGAGUUUGGAUGAAAAUAAGUGUCAUUUGAGUGCUUUGAGGUGAAGGGGGUACCAUCAGUGUAGUGAAUCCGAUAGAUUUCCAUCGUUUAGAGUAUUAGAGUAUAUGUUAUUAUAUUUUUACUGUGUUCAACGAAAAACCGAAGCACACGCAAUAUGGUUAAGCCGGCAUCCAGAAUAUUUAUUAAGUUUCUCGAAUUAUUGGGAUGUGUUGCGUGUAUAAUCACCAAAAUCAUCACCGACCAUGAGUCACGGCGAGUGUUCGUGCGGAAUCAGAAAUUAUCUAGAGAAUGGAGUCUGAUACACAACGUCACCUGGAGCAGCGGUGGCAAUGCAUUUACAAAUAUCGUUUACGGUGGCUACACAAUUGUCAUAGCACUAAUGCUAAUCACAAGAUGCGUGGACGCUAAAUCCAGACCGACUCUGUUCGAAAAGAUUGUGCUUACUUUGGGAACGUUGCUGUUUUUUGCCGCUGGUGGCCUGGUUUUUGCCUCAAUAGACCAAGUACACCCGGACCUCCAUGACAACGCAAUCAUACUGGGUUGUUUAUCGUUCCUGGUGGCGAUACUGUUCGUUAUCGAUUUGGCCGACCCGUUGGCCCGUAUGACCGCUCACAUGACUCAAACAGAUACGUCCUCCAUGACCAACGUUUCCCGUGGCUCGGAAACCGAGAAGGGCACACUGAAGAAGGACGUUUCAACCGAUACGGAAUCUCCGGUCUACCUCAUAUCGGGACAGGACCGAUACCAAGACAUGAACGACCCGGAUCGCCGUCGGUUCGUGGAUUCUAACGAUCGGGAUGAACCGGACCGGAGGAGCUAUCGGAAAUCCGAAUCCAGACGGCAGAGUUACCUUGAAAGCAUCGGUGAAGGGCUUGGAUACAGCACAGAAUCAAUCGUGGAACGCAAAGUACUUCCCUCGGUGCAAACUCCAGUGUUUUCCCAUGUGCGAGCACCGGAAGAGAGUCGUCGGAUAGCUGGUAAGGAGAUCCAAUACUUACCUCGGUACGAAUACCGUGAUCGACGAGACUUUCGUGAUGCCGGGUCGCACUCCGGUCGCCAACAGUCGCCGAAAGCACCUUCCUAUCAUGACAACGAAUCGUUUCUAGAAGAAAUUUCCCCUUCUCGAAGAAGCACUUACGUUCCGGCGGAUAAAUUCGACACAGAUGUGGUACAAAUGAAACCUCGCCCACGGCCACCGCCUCCAGCGAAACCAAUUAGUUCACCGACGCAGCACGGAUCCGGAUCGGGAUCCAGUUGUAGUGGGUGUAACUGCUCGCAGAGAAGCUUACCGGGCAAGCGGAUCGGACAAGGCAGCGAUGAACCGGACAUUCCCAUUAAGCCCGGAUACGUGGCGAAUGCUGCCAAGAAGUGGGACGACCGACUGCGAAGUAAAAGUCAGCCCAUUAUUGGAUUGAAUACCAUGGUUUAGAAUA